AUGUCACAACAAUUACCAGGACAAGUGGCCAAUUGGCUAUAUAAUGUGUUACAGCCUCAAUAUACUCACAAACAAUUGGCAUAUUCUCAUAUCUAUCAAUUCCUACAAUUCCAUUUCAAACAGAACUUUAACUUCAAAAUAAGAACUAACGUAUAUACAUCCAAUGAUUCAGGUCAAUCAGCGUUAUUAAUCAAUUUAUUCGGUUCUAUAGUGGUUAAUAAUGAUUUGGAAAUCCCAGUCGAAAUAUGGAUUCCUUUAAAUUAUCCAUUUGUGGAUCCAAGACAACCUACAACUCAAAUUAAUAAUGGUACUCCAUUAGUAUUUAUUAUACCUGAUCAUACUAAACAAUUAUAUUUAAAACCAGGAAAUCAUGUCGAUUCACAAGGGAGAUUCUAUCAUCCAUAUUUGGCAAAUUGGCAACGAGAUUGUUCAUUAACUCAAUAUCAACUGAAUCAAGAAUCGUUAGCCCAAUUUAAUUUAAUUUCUUUAAUCAAUAUUAUUCAUCAAUGUGUAUUAGGUGAUCCUCCUAUAAGUCCACAACCAUCGGCAGUUAUCUCUCCUAAUAUCACUGGAAUCAGUGCUGGUGGUCCUCCCAUACCACCAAAACCAGCUAGAAUACCAUUGAAUCAAGAUCAACAUAUUGUUGAAUCUCCUCCAGUGUCACAACAAAAUAGUGGUACUACUCGAUUACCACCUCAAACUACAGGUCCACCUUUACCUGCUAAGCCAGGUAAAGUUUCUAUGUCAUCUCCAACGAGAGAAAAUUCAAUUCCUUUAAAGUAUCAAGCUCCAUUACCAUUGCCAACAGAACUGGCUUCUGUUAGACAAGGACAAACUGAACCUCAGCAACCACCGCCACCAGUUUCAAUUCCAAUACCGCAACAACAGUAUCCCCAACAAGUACAACCACAGCAAUUCUAUCAAAAUCAACCACCAUAUCUGGCCAUAUCACCACAACCAACUCAUAUUCAAAGACAGUAUUACCAAAGAGAACAUCCAACUCAUUAUAGUUCUCCGGCUCCAGCUCAACAAUAUCCUGUUCAAGCAGGAUAUUACUCAGAAGUAUCAUCUACUCCUCCUUCAAGAGUUGGUCAACUGGAAGUGGAUUUGAUGGAUAAUGAAGUACAGAAUGCUACCUCAAAUAAUCAAACUAACUUUCAAUCCAACAUUCAUAAGCAAUUAUUAGAAGAUUUAUCCCGAAAGAUUAAUGCAUUGUUGGAUCAAGAUUCAGUUAAUAUUGAAUUACCAAUUAUAAAUCAUAAUAUUCAAAAAGUAGAUGCAUUAUAUAAUCAAUUAACUCAUCAUUUCCAACAAGCGAAAGGAAAUCUGAAUAAUUUAGAAGAUCAUUUAACCUAUUUAACUCAACAAUUGAAUUCAUUAACGGGUUUAAAUCAAGAACUUUCAAAAUUAGAAACGUUAAACAAUCAAGAUCCUGCCAACGUAUGGCUUAAUCAAAACACAUCCAUCCCCCUUGAUGAUCUAAUAAUCCCUGAUUCUCCAUUAGUCAAACAAUUAUAUGAAACUGUAUCUGAAAUAAAAGCCAUUAAAGAUACUAUUGGAUUAAUCAGUGGUAAUUUUCUGAAUGGAUCAGAAAUCAUCAAUAAUAAUAGUAUUGACUUAUGUGUAAAGACAGUUAGAAAUCUUGGAAGAGAUUUAUUCUGGUUGGAAUUAACCAAACAAGAGAUUGCCAAUAAUAUCAUGGGAUUAUCGUCUCAUGAAUAA